AUGUGCGGUCUAGAGGCUUUAGAAGAGUUAAAAAAGUUAGCGGAAGAUGAUUCAAAGUAUGUAGCGCUGAUAAAGGAUGCGACCACUCUACAAGGUCUAGUUCUACUGCUUUCUAAUAAAAGCACAUCGGUUGUCUCAUUAGUAUUAACAGUCUUGAAGUUGAUUGCUUUUCGUCCAGGAGGGAAAGCUGCUUUACAGUCGCUAAUAGGUCUUAAUGAACAGUUGACAGGACUAGUCAGACCAGCCAGUUGCGACAACAAGGAAAAACUAAGUCCAAUUUCCAGAGAUGCCGAAGAACUCCUGUCUUUAUUCAGUCCCCUCAGGACAGAAGACUCCUCCCAGGCUGGUGCGGUAAAAUGUCAAGCGGAAAAACCACCAUCAAGCUUUAGACCUAAAAAUGUCAUUCUACAGCUCAAAGGAUUAACAAGCGAGGAUGACAUCGAGAUUGUUUGUUCGAAACUUUUGAAAGUUCGUGGUGUGGUCAGUAUUACAUUCCAGUUGCAUAAACAUCGCGUCCUCGUUUGUACGAUACCUUCAUUAGACCCUGAAUGUCUUGUUCGUGCAGUAUCCUCAGUUAAUUAUUCUGGUCAAUCUGAUGGCGCACGUAAAACAGACUCUAUGCAUCCUGCAAUUACAGCUCAAAUCGUGAAGAAAAAACGCAGAGUACAAUCUCUAUGCAGACAUAGUUCGUUCAACGGGCUGAAAUACAAACAAAACGUACGAAAUUCUGAGAUGCCACCAUAUCUAGAAGAUGAUGCUGAUCUUUUCGAGGUCGAUGAGACAAGAGCAGCGCCUAAACUGAGGAGUAGUCCAACAGAACUGGAUUCUUCUAAAGGACCAUUAGAUUGGCUAUCAAACUUUCUUGAGAAAUCGCUUUUCUGGUAA